UGCCCGAGGCCCGAGCCACCAUGCUGACCCUGGUGGCUGGGGGGGUGGUGUUCCCCGGACUCUUCCUCCUCUCCAAGAACACGCUCCAGCGGUUGCCCCAGCUGCGCUGGGAGGAGGCCGACGCGGUCAUUGUCUCAGCCAGGCUGGUGUCCUCUGUCCAAGCUGUCAUGGCCUCCACCGCUGGCUACAUCGUCUCCACCUCCUGCAAGCACAUCAUUGAUGACCAACACUGGCUUUCCUCUGCCUACACACAGUUCGCAGUGCCCUACUUCAUCUACGACAUCUACGCCAUGUUUCUCUGCCACUGGCACAAGCACCAGGUCAAGGGGCACGGAGGGGACGAAGGCGAGGCCCGCGCCGCAGGCAGCAGCACCUGGGCCGUGGCGCGCGGCUACCUGCACAAGGAGUUCCUCAUGGUGCUGCACCACGCCGUCAUGGUGCUGGUGUGCUUCCCGCUCUCCGUGGUGUGGCGCCAGGGCAAGGGGGACUACUUCCUGGGCUGCCUGCUCAUGGCCGAGGUCAGCACACCCUUCGUCUGCCUUGGCAAGAUCCUCAUCCAGUACAAGCGGCAGCACACGCUGCUGCACAAGGUGAACGGGGCCCUGAUGCUGCUCAGCUUCCUGUGCUGCCGGGUGCUGCUCUUCCCCUACCUGUACUGGGCCUACGGGCGGCACGCCGGCCUGCCGCUGCUCGCCGUGCCCCGCGCCCUCCCGGCGCACGUCAACCUGGGCGCCGCGCUGCUGCUCGCCCCGCAGCUCUACUGGUUCUUCCUCAUCUGCCGCGGGGCUUUCCGCCUCUUCUGGCCCCGCAGCUCCCCGUCGCCCUCGCCCUCGCCGGCCCGCGAGUGAGGUGGGGCCAGAGGACCCCGCCCGCCCCUUCGCCAGCCCCACCCCUGCCCCCGGGGACGGGGCUCUGGGGCUGCUGCGAGGGGUGUGGAGCCAGGAGCCCGGCAGCCCAGGACUGACGGCGGACUCCGAAGGGUGGGCGCAGACCCGCAGGGCUCAGGGGCAGGGAGAGGGCCUGGCCCCCCCUGCAGAGCCCCCUCUCUGACCACAACGCUGGGCCCUGAAGAGCGAAGGGCACAGGAAGGGGCACCACUUCCCCUCCUUUUAAGGCUUGAGGGCUGUGGGGAGGCUGAUGGAGACUCGAGGGGACCAGGAAUCAGAAUGUGGGGGAGGCCCUGCUGCCAAGGCCACCCCACCCCAGCUGCAGCUCCUCCCAGCUCCCGGCUCUGGGCGGCUCUGCUCAGGGCUGGUGGCCCCCAGCUCCCCUCCAGGGAGGCCAGCCUGAGGGAUCUUAUUUAUUCACCCAAAUUCUAACUAGUCUGUUGGGGGCGGGUGGCUGCUAUCCCCCAGCCUUCCCAGCGCUGAGCAUCCCGGGCAGGUGAGGGGCGUUCCUCCCCCCUUAGGCUGCACACUUGCCCUCAGGCCCUGGCAUGUCCCUGGUGCUACAGACCCCUCAAGGCUUCCUCCAGUCUGGGGUCGGGGACCCUGGGAGGUGCUUUACAGACCGCUAAUAAAGACGAUCUGCGUG